AUGUGUUGGAAAUAUCUUUUUCAAGUGAUCAUCCUGACAAGAGAUUUACCAUCAUACUCAGCAUUUCAACCCAAGCCCAGCCCAUCAAGUAUAAUACAAAACUUUGCAGAAGGAAAUCUAUGGCUUGACAAUAGCAUUCCUGAAGAAGAAAAUUUACAACAUCUUGUUUUACCAGAAAUUCAAGACUUAUCUGGAUUUCAUGAUGGCAGUCAGAAUGAGUGCACCCAUCAAUUGUCUCAGGGUGCUAUAGGCCAUUGGGAUUCACAAUUUAGUUCAAAAGAAAGCCCUUGCUUUGCAAUAUCAAGGAUGGAAACAGCAAGCCCAUCAACCAAGUAUCAAUGUGUGCCCUUACCAUUGGAACAUGGGAGUUAUUUACACACAGAAGUACCAAUUUCAAGUCCCCAAAACUUGGGAUUGGGUUUUAGAAAUGAAAUCAAUCCACAAGAUCCAACUUAUAGUUCCUCUCCUUUCAAUUAUGGAACUGAAGCCUAUCUGGCACCCAAAGAACAAAAAUUAUAUCAUGAACUUGAUAAAUGGAGUGAUACUCCUGAUUCUCUUGGAACAUCAUCACAAUCUCAUUCAUCAACACCUGGGGGACCCAGCCUGCUCAAAGCCAUGAAACAUACCUUUCAUGAAAGCCAUGAUGUGGUACAUAACGUCCCAUCCUCAAACAUGAAUCACUAUGGCAAUAUAGUGCAAGAAAUCUCACAGUCUCAUGGAAGGUGCAAGGAGACAUGUCAUACUACACAUGACAAAAAGAGAAAGAAAGUUUUGGGAGAUCAGGAGUUUUUUGACUUGAAGAAUGAUGAGAAUGUUCCUUAUACUCAUUCAAAUGGUGUUCCAUUUGCAUCAUGCACAGUCAGUAAUUCAAAUGACCACCCUUCAAAAAUGGUGAACACUUUCCAUCUCUCAGAGGAAUGGAAAGCAGGAAACCACAAGCCAAUUGAAAACUUUGGGAUGAUAUCAUCUAGAUUGGCUGAAGGACCUAUGCAGAAUUUGAAAGAAUCAAGCAAGGAAGAUUAUGGACUAGCAGAUGAUAGGUUCCUGAAUGAAGGAUUGCCAUUGUAUUCCCCCCAUGUGGCUGACAGUAAUUUCCCAAGUUCUUCAACGGAAAGAGUAUUGGCCUCAGUUAUGGACAAUUCAGGAGACACUAUGUUUCUUGGAAUGGGCACUCCCACAACAUUCAAUGACUAUGUGAUGCAGGGUUUCCCAGCACUUGAGGAAGAGGAUAUAGGAAUCAAGGAUCAUCCUUCUAAAAGUCCUUCAAGUGAUCUGAUUAGCCCCCCUGUCAUAAAGAAGCCAAGAAUAAAUGCACCUUCAAAGCUCUCAUCAAGAGAAGCACUCCCAUUGCUACGCAACAUAGGUGUAUUUUAUAUGAACAAUUCUCCAAGUUUGUGUUAUGAAACAACUUCAUGGUUCAAUGGACUACAGCAAGAUAUGAUUUCAAGAUGUGGCCAGGAGACCUCUAUAAUCAAGCCGGUUGAACAAGCAAUACAGAUUGCCCACUCAAAGAUCACAGCAUGCUUUUUAGCCUUGAUUGUGAUAUUCUCUAAGAAAGGAGGUGAUCAAUUGUAUUUGAAUAAUCUUCUACAGGAGGCAUGGAGUUUCAUCAAAUUACAAUUUGGGAGUUGGAGGGAUGCAAAUCUGAAAACCCAGAGUUGCCAUCUCAAAGUGAAGAAGCAUUCAUACACCAAAACAGGACGCUAUGACCCUGUAUCAUGGUAUAGGUCAUUAAGCAAUUAUAACAAUCGGAGCAAUAUCCCAGCUGACAUCAUUAACUCUCUUGUGAUUAAAUGGGAUCAAAACAGAAGCAUCACAAGAAUUGGGGUAUCCAAUAUAAUCAAGUACUAUCCAAUCAUUCAAGAAUUCCAUGAUUCACAUGUAAAUUAUAGCCAUGGUGGGUUUUACUCAAGAUCACAAAUCAAAAACAUUGCAUUUUCAGGAUUGAUAUACUCUAGAGGCUCUCCAGUCCAUAAAUACAUAGUAUUUUCAAAAUGGCAUGAAAUAUGUUUGUCAUUAUCUCAAUCUGCACAAUUUCACUCACCUAUGGGAAUUGAAAUAUGUCAAGAGGUCCAUGCUUUCUUUGGUUCAUUAGUUAAAGAUAUGUUGAGCUCCUACAAGCAAGUAUACAAUCUUGAUAUCUCUUUAGCCAGACCAAGACCCAAGGAAAAAUCAGUUGACUUGUUAUAUUAUGAUCCUCAUAAGAAAAAUAUUGAAACAAUUAUCAGGGUAAUCAGUAUGGGAGAGUACAGACUAACUGUGAUCUUCAUAGGCCUGGUCAAAGCUAUGUACCAAAGAGAGGUCCAGGAGAAUACACUCAGAAUACUUGUCAAGAGUGCAUGGAGUUUUUUAAAAGUGAUAUUUUCCAAGUGGAAACAAUUUGACUUUGAAAAAGACUUGCCAAAGAUUUUCAACCUGGAAGUGAAAACCCCACUUGAAGUCACUAUGGAUUGGUCAAACUCCAUCAAGCUAUUUAAAUCACUUUCAUAUGACCAAGACACCUGCAAGUACCCCAUCCCAAUUCAUGGUCUCAAGAGGAUUUUUGAAGCUUGGAGUUAUACCUUAAAUUACUCUCAGAUAACUCAUAUGAAUGGUUUGGACUUGAAAGUCAAGCUCCCACCACCUGAGGUUUCAUCAUUUCAAUGGGCAAAAACAUUGAUCUGA